AUGGUCAAGUCCAUCAUUUCGCCAUCAAUUCUUGCAUCUGACUUUGCCAAUUUAGGCUGCAAUUGUAAAAAGGUUGUUGACACGGGGGAUGUCGACUGGUUACAUUUAGAUGUCAUGGAUGGACAUUUCGUGCCAAACAUUUCAUUUGGCGCUCCAGUAAUUGAAAGUUUGAGAAAACAAUUUCCAAGAGAUGAAGCUAAACCAAUUGUGUUUGAUUGCCACAUGAUGGUUUCAGACCCAGAACAGUGGAUUGAAGAUAUAGCUAAAGCCGGAGGUGACUCCUAUACCUUCCACUAUGAGGCCACUAAAGAUCCAGCAGCAGUUAUCGCAAAGAUCAAGAAACAUGGCUUGAAAGCAGCAAUGGGUAUCAAGCCAAAAACUCCUAUUGAGGCUGUUUACCCAUAUGCAAAAGAUUUGGAUAUGGUAUUAGUCAUGACUGUUGAACCAGGAUUUGGAGGACAAAAGUUUAUGCAAGACAUGAUGCCCAAGGUAGAAACCUUGAGGAAAAAGUACCCUCAUUUGGACAUUGAAGUUGAUGGUGGUUUGGGCAAGGAGACCGUCAAGCCUGCUGCAUGUGCUGGAGCCAAUGUUAUUGUUGCUGGAACUUCCGUUUUCAAAGCUGACAAUCCAAAAGAGGUAACUCAGUUUUUGAAAAAUACCGUAGACGAAAGUAUUUUAGCUAGAGAAAAGUAA